UGUUGUUGCACUCUGGGAGUAUUGAGGCGCCAUCUUUAUUGUAACAUUGUUUUGAGUGACAUGCAUGUAAAACGGUUGAAAAUAUUUUAAGGAAGACUAAUCUAAGUAAUAGAUUUUAACAAGAGCACAAAUUUUACACCGAUUAUUAUGCAUUCUGAAUCAUCUAGAUUUAUAUUUUGUGGAUAAUAAAUAACAAUAUUGGUACAACUUUCAAAGAUAUUGGAAUAUUUCAUUGUUUCCAAUAAGUCGGAUUAAAAUAUUUUUUUGUCUUCUGAAUCCAACACAAUAUAGUCUUUAAGCAAAAAUUAUGUCGACAUAUAGAUGUUUCACUUUUAUUGACUUGAUUAAGGUUUCCUAUUAGAAAUGUUGUGCCCUUAAAGGAAAAUGCAGCUUUGACAAUUUAAAAGCCUUAGGCUACAGACUGAUAAUGAAAGGAGCAUAUUUGAUGUAGCAUUAGAGUUAGAAAUGGCAUUUAUACAUUAAAUUGUGAUGGAAAAACAUCUUAAUAUGUUGUAGUAUAUAGAGAACUUUUGAAAUGUAUACAGCCUGAAUUCUACAAAGCAUAUCAUUUUCUUGUAAAUAAUCACCUAUAAUUCAGGGCCACAUCUGUUUCUUGUUAUUUAACUAAGUGCCUUAGAUCUAAUAAUAAAAAUUGCAAGCUUUUUUUGAUAUAUCAUAUCAUUUUCUGGAUCAAGUUAGUCAACCACUGAUGCUAUUGUCUUCUUUUAUGGAGGUAAUAAUGCAGUUUUGAUUGUAGUUUAAAAGUGAUGGCUGAAAGCAAUGUACCUAAACAAGAUUUUGCUCCACCAUGGCUCAAGUUUCCAACAGCGGAUAAUUCAAAAACUGCUGGGCAAAAGCUAAAUAGCUACCAGAAUGAAAGAAAUCGCCAGCGACGAGAAGAUCCUUAUCACGCACGCAAUGAUUACAGUCGACUUCAUAGACAAACUUCAUUUGAAUAUCAUGAUGCAAAACGAUUUCCUCACAAUCAAGGAAAAUACCGCCACCAUUCUGUAGAUGAUGAUUAUUAUGGCUAUCCUUAUGGAUAUAAUUACUAUGCACCCAAUUAUGGUUAUGAAAAAUAUGGAAUGCAAUACAGUUCCCAACCAUCACUUGCCAGACAGGUCAGCAGAGACUCUAAGUAUAGUCCAGGACGUUUUUCUCAAGUAAAUGGAGGAGACUUCAGUCCUCAUUAUGAAUUAUAUGAACCACAGUAUUAUCAUCAAAAUGUGCACAAAAGAGGUCAUUAUGAAAAAGAUCAUCAUAGAGAUAGAGAAGAUGAUGGCAAAGGCAAGAACAAAGGCAAUGAAAAAGAAAGACCCUUUACUGAUGAUUUUCCUUCUCUAGUAGGAUCUGGAGAAACAGCAAAUGAAGUAAAACAAGCAAAACCAGGUGCAGGUGUAUGGGAAAAUCCACCAAAGUCUAGUAAAAAUGAAGAAUCCCCUGAUCUUUCAAAAAAUACUUCUCCAAACAUUUAUAAAGCGUUAGUACCAAGUAAGGGUAAUCCAGUAAAGAAAAAUGGUAGAGAACCUAUUCGUAUUAAUGGAUGUAUCAGAGACUCGUCACCUCUUAGCCCAUCUAAUAAAUCAAAUAAGGAGGGCACACGUCACAGCCCAACUCCAGAUCUGGCUAUUGUGACACAGCCAAAGAAGCUUGGAGAUAAAAAGAGUGAAUUUCUUAGAGCACUUCGCCAUGAGAGUAUUUUACGUAAUGGAGACUAUCAAGACUUAAAUCAAAAUGCUAUUGAUAAAAAGCAGUCUCCAAAAUACUCUGAAGAUGGUACCAUGAAUGAGGACAUUGAGGACUACAUCCAUAUAAAUGGUAACCAUGUAACAAAUAUAAAUGAAUCUAAGAAACACAUAAUGAAUGGCUCUGUCAAAAUGAAUGGUGAUACUGACAAUUCAAAUGUGAAUGGUGAAGCUCUUAUUAAUGAAGUAGAUCACAUUACUCUUUCUGGAGAAGAGGAAGAAAAGAGACUUCUUUUAUCUAUGGGCUGGGUUGAAGAGGAUAACACUGAAUAUGUUAUCACUGAUGAUGAAAUAAGAGAGUUUCAGCAUUUGCUAAAAAAUCAUUGCAAUGGUCAAAAAAAUGGUUUCAAGGCAACUUUACGCAAUGCUCUUAACUUAAAGCUGGAUGCCAAUGUAUUGCUAAAUGGUGAUACUGCAAAUGAUGACAAGCCUUUGUGAUAUCUCCAGCUUUCAUUUCUACAUAUUUAGUGGAUAAAUGGAAAUGAUUUUAUUUAAAGAAACACAUCACUUUUUAGAAAUCUUUUUUUUUUUUUUUGAAACUACAAUUAUAUAUUCUAGAGACAGUUUGAAAUGAAUAUCUUAUGACCAAGACAUCACACUACAAAAAUCAAUACUAAGAUCUAGUGAUUGAAAUAUUUAUUCUGUCUCAGUUGUUGUUGUAGAUCUGUUUAAGUUGUGACAUAGAAAGUUUUUUAGCAUAAUAGCUCAAAUAAAUUUGUCAAAUUAUCAUCACAUUGUGCUGUUAACAAAAUUUCUUGCCAUAAUUGUGGACAAGGGGCAAUAACCAAGCAAAUCCAAUUCAUUUUAUUGUUUUCAAUCUAUUUGAUAUACUUUCAGAUAAAACAACCUCUUAAAUUGAAACCGCUUUUUUUUUCUUAAAAUUUUAUUUAUAUCAGUUAAUUUUAGUGGCAGCAUAUUUUUGUGAAAGAUUCAUUUAGUACCAAAAUUGUCAUUAGGUUUUCUAGUUUUUAAUGAUUGUUUUAGACCAUUCUUGUCAUGUAACUGAGCAAGGUUGCAUAACUGUAGUCAGGAUUAGAAGAUCCAUUCAUUUUGUACAUAUUUUAAAAAUGGAAAAAUUCCUUGAUCAUAGUAUUUUUCCACAUUUCACUUUUUCCGAUGAUAGUAAUUUUUCAACAUUUCAUUUGUCAUAAAAAAAAAGUGUUGAUGAUUAGUCCUUUAGUUAAUAUUAUCAUUUCUGUUGAUUGGAGCCAAAUAUUCUUAUGAAAGUUAUUUUGGCCUUAAGUUUUGUUCUGUGCUUAUGGAAAAACUAAUUGCAAACAGUACAAAGAAGCAUAUCAUUGAGCUAGGAAAAUAGUAGUACUUUUCCAUUCAGUUUUAAUUAAACUAUUUAGUAUUUGCAGGUUUUUUUUAAACUAACAUUUGCCCUGUUAGAAAAUGUAUUAAUAUAUAUGAUUGCUACUGUUUCUAUCUGCAAAUGUAGUAAUUUUGUCAACCUUGUAUGAAUGUAUUGGCUAACCUCAAUACAUUCCAAUUUUUUAAAGUUAAACAUUGAGAGGAGUAAAUAACUACAGUGGUUCUUAGUCAUGCAAAUGUUUUAUCUAUCUUUGUUGCUUGAGAAGUUUUCAAUCUUUUGACCAUUAUCUUGGCACACUUAUUUACAAUCACUUCAAAGAGGUUUUGAGAGCAAAACUGUAUUACUUAAGGGUUAUUUAGAAGCCUGAUUUAUUUAGUAAAUACAAAAUAAUUGAUGCCUCUACACAAAUACACUUAGUGCUUUCCAAAGUGAUACUAUUGUUCCUGUUUCUUUUGUUAACAAGUCUUAUGCCACACAAAGUAAGUUUUCUUUAGGUUUUAACUUGUGUCAUCUGCGAAAAAAUAUAAAAUGUGUUGUUAAUUUUGGUUUAAUAACAUACAAGCCUUAAAGAUGAACAAGAUAUAAAUCAUUGUAAUAUUAACAAAUUUACCAAAGUUGGUUUUUUUCUUUUUAUGGAGGAGUUGGGUUUUUUCCCCACAUAGGCAAUGGACACAUUACAUAUGGAAAAAAAAAUAAUAAUGUGUGAACAAAAUUAUUGUUAAGAACCACUAUAAUGGCAGCAUGUUAUCGCUACCCCACGACCACUGGAAAACAUUGGACUUUAUCUUAUUUGUGUGUAAAAAUGUGUUUUCCGUUUAAAUCUGAUUCAGUGCCUUCUACAUGAAAACCUGUAAUGUUUUUUUGUUUUUUUACUAUUCAUUGUUUAUUGCAUUCUCUCAAUUUCAUAAUAUAAAUACUAGUAUUAUUACUUUCUCCACUUGUCUGAUAUUGUUACCUAUCAAUGUUGUGGUCAUACUAGAUUAUUCAACAGUAGAAAUUUUUUUUAGAAAUUUGCUUUAUGUACAGAUAAUUUAUUUUUUUUAACUAUCAUGCCAAAAAUUAGUAUUCAGAAUUAAAUAAUUUGACAGUAACUGCAAAGAAAUUAUUUUUUCAUCAUCAUAAUGUUUUACAUUUACAAUAAGAAAUUGAGUAAAUGUUAAUAAUUUCUUCUUAUUUAAAGUUACCUUUGUGAGUACUACAUUUUAUCAACUACACUUAACUAUUUAAAUAAGUGUGCAAUACUUGUAGUAUCAAUCAUAGUUUUUCCAUGAGUUUGCUAUUUCCAGCUGCUGGCCUGCCUGCUAGUUAUUUAUACCUUUGUAAGGUUCUUGAACUGUUUGUAUGUGCGUGUAUGUGAGAGAGUGUGUUGAGCAUGUUUCGCAGAGAUAUCUAUUAACUUGACAGAUUGCUAAGAUGCAUUGUUAUAUUUCCACUAAAUCAUUUAAACUGUAUAGUGUAACUGCAGAUUGCAAAAAAAAUAAUUAUGCUGGUGAUAUACAUGUAAAAAAUUUUCCCCAUACAAAUGUAGGACUGGCAUCUUCUUUCUUAUCAAUUUUGUACUUGCUUCUCAUUUAUGUUCCUUUUUUUUUUUUAACAUUUGUGAAGAAUUUCUUUUUCUGUUGCAGUAGAUAAUUGUUUAGUUGAAGAAAUCAUCAACAAAACUUAAGGAAAACCAUUCAUACAUUGUGAAUGGCAUAGAUAUGUUAUUUUUUUUAAUAAGCUGUGUACAUUUGAGAAGUAUUGUUUGCUCAAACAUCAGAUUACUGUACAAACAAACAAACAUAAACUGCUUAUUUAUGGAACACUAGCUUAAAGUGUGAUUUAUAUUAUGUUGGACUUUUUGUUUGUUUCUCCUAGGAGGACUACUUCUUUCCUUGACCUCAACCUAUUGACUUCUAAAUAAUGCCGGUGGUCUAUGAUGAAGUACAUGUGUUAUAUCAAAACUAGUUGUAUAAUGUAAACUCCAGUAUUUAAUGAAAACUGAUAUUUGACUUGGAUUUGCUGUGAAGAAAAUCUAUCCUGCAAAUUAUGUCCUUAUUUGAUUGAAACUAAUUCAACCAUAUCUUCACACCUUUUCACAGUCUAAGAAUUUUAUGUAUAUUUUAAUAAUGAACAGAAUACAGAGCAAAAAUGUGUGUUACAAUACAUACAAGCUUAAGCCAAGCAAAAAUGAUUUUAGCUGUGGCAAAUUCAUUGAGUUAUAGUUUUUAAAAUACUCUUUGAUUGUUAUGUUGCUGGGCUUCAAGUUGUUUUGAUAAGAAUUCUCAAUGUAAGUUUUAAAAGGAUUGUAAUUUACAGUUGUUCAUUUUUCAAAAUGUCCUAAACCCUUAAUCUUGUUCUGGUUUGAAAAUGAGUAAUCUGGAAAAAGAAAAAGAAAGAAAAAAAAAAUAUUUUUUUUUGAUGUGCAUAUUUGAAGUUUUUUUUUUUGGUUGUUUUUAAUAUCUGACCAGUCUUUUUUUCCUCAUUUGCUUUUCAUUCAUUUUGUUGUUGCUUUAUUCUGUAUAUAAGACUGUUUUCUUAGAGAAAUGGAUGAAACACAGUGGCCAGAUGUUUCAUUAAUUUUUUUCUUGUUAUUUAAUUGAAAAGUGAAAGACAUGAGAGUUGAUCCCAUAUUCUUGAUCUCAUACAAAUAGCUUUCAAAAUGUGUCACCAAUAUCUAGUGGGGAAAAUAUCAAAACUUGAAACAUUUGUAUUUAUAUUUUUAAAUAAAACUAAUGAUACUAGUCCAGCCAUCUUCUCCAGAAUGAUGGUGUUGCAAGUAGGUGUCAAUCAUGUGGCAGCUAUCUCCAUACAUUGAUUCACUUCUAUCAUCCCAGUCUAGUGCUCUUAGAUUGAAGGGACAAUUCUAAUGAGAAGUAAAGCAUUACACUAGGUGAACAUUUUCUAGAAGUGUUUGUUUUAUUUUUGUAUCAUUCUGUCACCAAAUGAUUAUGAAAUGAAUCCUUGUCUUGAUAGACUAUUUUGUGUGUUGUUGUCUUUGAACUGAGUGUGGCCACUGGUUUACAGUGUAUAAGAUGUUUCCACUGACUGCUGCAGUGUCUUAUAAAUCAUUAGAACAUUGCAAUGAAUACAAUAUUGACAGAUGCUAAUAUUUUCAAUGCUUUUUUGUUCUAUUUUUGUAUUUGUGUUCAUUGGGUUGGCCCCUGUCAUUGUUCACUCCAAUGCUGUAUUGAAUAAUAAAGUGAAGUCCUGAUGUACAGUAACAUAA